AUGAAUCAGCAACGAUUCCUGCAGCAAUUGCAGAUCGUCCUGGAUCCCUCCCAGGGAAACGUCAAGGAAGCCACCGGCAUCUUGCAAAAAGAGUUCUACAGCCAGCCUCAGUCUCUUGUCCUCCUCAUCCAGAUUGCUACUGGCCAUGAGGACCCCAACCUCCGCCAGUUGUCCGCCGUCGAGGCUCGUGGGCUUGUCCAGAAGCACUGGCUGAAGGUUGCCGCGGACCAGAAGCCCCAGGUUCGGGAGCAGCUGCUUCGCGCUACCAUGGGCGAGGGCUCUGCUCUUGUCCGUCACUCCGUCGCCCGGAUCAUCUCAGCUAUUGCCAAGAUUGAUCUCCAGGACGGCGAGUGGGCGGAUCUGCCCAACAUCCUCCUGCAGGCGGCGGACGGCGGCAACCAGGACGAGCGGGCCGUUGCCAUCUACAUCCUGUUCACCAUUCUGGAGACUCUGGGCGAGGGUUUCGAGGAGAAGUUCCAGGACCUGUUCACCUUGUUCAAUAAGACCAUCCGGGACCCCGAGAGUGCUGAGGUCCGCAUCAACACUCUCCUGGCUCUGAGCAAGCUCGCCUAUCACCUUGACUCGGAGGAGAAUGUCGCCCCCGUCAAGGCCUUCCAGGAGAUGGUUCCCUCCAUGGUCGCGGUCCUCAAGGACGCUAUUGACCAGUCCGAGGAGGACCGCAUCAUGCAGGCCUUUGAGGUCUUCCAGACCCUGCUUGGCUUGGAUCCCGCCCUCCUGACCGUCCACCUCAAGGAUCUGGUUAUCUUCAUGAACGAGAUCGCCGCCAACACUCAGGCUGACGAGGACGUCCGUACCCAAGCCAUCAGCUUCCUGAUGCAAUGCGUCCAGUACCGCAAGCUCAAGAUCCAGGGAAUGCGUCUCGGCGAGCAGCUCACCCGCACUGCUCUGCAGAUUGUCACUGAGCUGGAUGACUCUCCCGCUGAUGACGACGAUAUCACCCCGCCCCGCUCCGCCCUGGGUCUGCUCGACAUUCUCGCCCAGAGCCUGCCCCCCAGCCAGGUCGUUGUCCCUCUGCUCCAGACUCUGGGUCAGUACUUUAACAAUACCGACCCCAACUACCGCCGUGCCGGUAUCAUGGCCCUCGGUAUGAGAUCUUCCCCCUUGGUUCUCCAGCUCCUUGCCGAUCCCGAACCCAAGGUUCGCCAGGCUUCCCUGCACGCCGUUGCUCGCCUGGCCGACGACCUUGCUGAGGACCUCAGCGCUGAGCACGCGCGCCUCAUGCCCCUGCUCUUCAAGAACCUGGCCACUGCCAUGCAGGAGUACAAGGGUGAGGAGGAUGGUCCCACUAUGGACAUCAUGAAGGCCGGUAUCAGCGCCAUUGAUGCCGUUGUUGACGGUCUCGAUGAGAAGGACGUUGCGCCUUACCAGGCUGAGCUUGUGCCCAUCCUGCACGAGCUCUUCAAGCACCCCGACUUCAAGAUCAAGGGUCUUGCUGCCGGUGCUCUUGGCUCGCUCGCCUCUUCUGCUGGCGACUCUUUCCUCUCGUUCUUCGACGAGUCGAUGCACCUGCUCCAGGAGUUCGCCGCUGUCAAGGACAGUGAGGAGGAGCUUGACCUCCGUGCCAGUGUCACCGACGCUAUGGGUGAGAUGGCCGCUGCUGCUGGCCCCGAGCGUUACCAGCCUUAUGUGGAGCCCCUUAUGCGUGCUACCGAGGAGGCUCUGCACCUCGGCCACUCCCGCCUGAAGGAGAGCACCUACAUCUUCUGGGGUGCCAUGGCUAAGGUCUACUCUGAGCAAUUCUCUCCUUUCCUGGACGGCGUUGUCAAGGGUUUGUUCGAGUGCAUUGAGCAGGACGAGGAUGCGCUUGAUCUCGAUCUCGGCGAGGCCGCCAAGGAUCUCAUUGGUCAGGAGGUGAUCGUUGCUGGCCGUAAGGUCAAGGUUGCCAGUCCCGAUGAUGAUGACGAGGACGGUGACAUCGAGGAUGUCGAGUUCGACGAGGAUGAUGAGGAUGCUUGGGAUGAUAUCACUGCUACUACCCCUCUGUCUCUCGAGAAGGAGAUUGCUGUCGAGGUUAUUGGUGACCUGGUCACCCACACUCGCAGCUCUUUCCUGCCCUACUUCGAGAAGACCAUCGAGACUGUGAUGCCUCUCGCUGAGCACCCUUACGAGGGUGUCCGCAAGAGCACCAUCAGCACUCUGCACCGCUCCUACGCCAUGCUGUUCGCCAUUGCCGAGGAGAGUGGUCAGAUGCCUAAGUGGCAGCCCGGUCUGCCUCUUCAGAUCCAGCCCGCUAAGGAGGUCAAGAAGUUUGGCGAGAUCCUCAUGACUGCCACCAUCAAGAUGUGGGCCGAGGAAGAUGACCGUGCUACCGUCGCGGACAUCAACCGCAACAUGGCUGAGAACCUCCGCUUCUGCGGUCCUGCUCUCAUCGCGGACGAGACCGUGCUCCACAACGUGAUCCAGAUGGUCACCGACAUCAUCACCAAGCAGCACCCUUGCCAGAUGGAGUUCGUCCCCGAGGAGGAGACCAUCGAGGCUGGUGAGGAGACUUCCGAGUUCGACUGGGUCGUGGUUGACACCGCCCUGGAUGUCGUCUCUGGUAUGGCUGCCGCUCUCGGCCAGAGCUUCGCUGAGCUCUGGAAGGUCUUUGAGAAGACCAUCCUCCGCUACGCCAGCAGCACCGAGUCUCUGGAGCGCGCCACCGCCGUCGGUGUUCUUGCUGAGUGCAUCAACGGUAUGGGCGCUGCCGUGACCCCCUUCACCUCGGUGUUCCUCAAGCUGCUGCUGCACCGCCUUGGUGACGAGGACCCCCAGACCCGCUCCAACGCUGCCUACGCCGUUGGCCGUCUCGUCGAGCGCUCCAACUCGGAUGCCGAGAUCGUCAAGGAGUUCCCUACCAUCCUGAGCCACCUGGAGUCUUGCUUGCAGAUGAACGUGUCUCGUCUGCAGGACAACGCUACCGGUUGCGUCUCCCGCAUGAUCCUGCGCCACCGCGACCACAUCCCUACCAAGGACGUCCUGCCGGUUCUGGUCAACGUUCUGCCUCUGAAGAACGACUUUGAGGAGAACGACCCCCUGUACCGUAUGAUCUGCCAGAUGUACAAAUGGGAGGAUGCCACCAUCCGUGAACUCACUCCUCGCCUGCUGCCUGUCUUCCAGGCCGUUCUAACUGGCGAUGAGGACCAGCUCGACGAUGAGCGUCGCGCGGAGCUCAUCGAGCUGGUCAAGUGGCUGAACCAGAUGCAGCCGGGCGCUGCCCCCUGGGCUGAGCAGCUGUAA